CAUCAUUCUUCGAGAUUUUAGGGUUUCUUCUUCAAACCAUUUCCGCCCUCUCUCUCUUAUUUGUCAUCUCAAGCGUUUUAGGGAUUUUGUGAGGAAUGGAAUGCGAGAGAUCGUCAUCAGCAGAGACAAGAAUCUCAACCCGAUCCGGCGACAGUCACCGGCGAUCUUCCACGGUCGCCGCCGGGAGCCGACGUCGGAUGUACGAGUGCACUUUCUGCAAAAGAGGGUUCACCAACGCACAAGCCCUAGGCGGUCACAUGAACAUCCACCGCCGCGACCGUGCAAAAGCCAAGCAAAACGCAAACGCAAACGCCACAACAGAAGAAGAAGAAGAAGAAGAAUCGUUACUCUGCAUGAACCCUAAUACGCCGACUACGUUCGGUAUAAUUAAAAGCACGGCCAAGGAUGAUCAUCGAGUUCAUAAAUCUUUUGCCUCGUCGGGACCAAAGCUCGUAAUGGGUGGUUACGAACAAGAUGUUUUGAGGACAAGCUUGAGCUUAGGGAUCGGUUCGAUUUCCGACAAAGACGAAAGGGUGAAAGAAAGCGUUGUUGUCGUCGAAGGAGAUGAAAUCGAUUUGGAGCUCAGACUUGGCUCUUGAUCAAUAUAUAUAUCAUCACCCUAAUUAGUUAUAUACCUUCUUUUUUAUUUUUGUGUUUACAAUAUUCCAUUGUUAUAUAUAGUUUCGAUUCUGUCAUUAUUUCCUUUUUUCAUAAAAAAAAAUGCGAUCCUUGGCGUUGUUGUGAUAUUCGAAGCA